AUGCCUGUGGCGUGGGUGUCAGAUAUUUUGAUAUUCUUAUCACUUCCAUUAUCAUUUCCACUCCAACCUCCCCUAGCGGUUCUGGAAGAAGACAAACAGGCCUUGCCAUCUUCUUUUCCGUCAGAAAAUGGUGAAGAAAACCAGCUCGCAGAAUGUGGUGGUUCAGAAAUCAAUGAAGAAUGUCAUUCAGUGAAGAAUGAGCCCGGUCGUGACCAAAUCCAGUUGAAUAGACAUGAGCCUUAUGCGGCUUCAGAAGCGCUUGGUAGUAGCAAUACGGAGCCGAGUGAGCAGAUAGUUCAGAACUUGGAAGCCAGCCAAAGUGACAGCGCGGAAAAAAAGUGGCAUGCAGAAUCGGAAAGACCGAACCACGGUGAAUCUGAGCUGGAGCUAUGUGCGGACUCUUACCUGAAUGAUUCAACAUGUAUUCCAGAGCCUUCGGUGGCUGUUCAAGCGCAGGAAAUGAAAUUGGAUUACCCCGCAUAUGGUGUGGAGGAUGGAGAGGUUCGGGUUGCCAUGAAAUGCGUGAAAGACGAAAAGGUGCCGUUCGAAGAUAAUACAAGUGAGAGGAACAUUAUUUGUGAGACAAUAUCGACCCGAAACAGAGUACCAUCGAAAACUGAUAUAUGCACAAGCACUGGACCGGAGAGCACUAAAGAUGGGACAGCAUCUUCGUCCGGAACCAGUGAAAGCUCGAUAAUGGGGAAUAACGUUUUUGUCAUUGAAGCACCUAUUAUCGGAAUGUUUGGAACUCCUACCAUAUCUGAAAUAAAAUCAACAAGAAAAAGAAGAGCACGAAACGUUUCACCAGGUAUCUCCGAGGUGAUGGACGGGUACGGAACUCAUCAGCCAUGGAGGGCAAAGCAUCCAAGACGUAGCUACGACCUACCAGCCGCCGAAAACCCGGUUAUUACAGACACCCAAGAAUAUCCUCCUCAUUUCGCUGGCACACCAACAAAUACACCUACUUCAUUGAGGACUCGUUCGAAAUCCGACAAAAGUAACACGAUCUGA